UGAGAGUGAGAGCCAAUGUAAAAAAGGGGGAGGGAAAGAAAGAAGGAGGAGGACGACCCAACCAAAAGAGUUAAAAACACAGACUGGAGAGCGAGCCUCUGAAGUUUGUCAAGUCAAAGGUGUGUGAGACAACCCAAGGCAGACGUAGAGGUCUUGGAUCAUGUCUCUUUGUGGGAAGGUGGCUCUGGUGACCGGGGGUGCUCAGGGCAUUGGCAGGGCCGUGGUCCAGUCUCUCCUGCAGAGCUCAGCAAAGGUAUCUGUGGUCGACCUGAACAAGAUCUGUGGUGAGGAGUGCAAGACACAGCUGGACGCUGAGUUUGGAGAGGGCAACAGCACUUUUAUUCAGUGUGAUGUGUCCGAUGGAGACUCACUGCGAGAAGCCUUCCGGAGCACGGUGGACCUGUUUGGUCGCCUGGACAUCGUCAUCAACAAUGCUGGAAUCAACAAUGAAAAGAACUGGGAGAAGACCAUACAAGUUAACCUGACCUCUGUAAUAAAUGGAACUUACUUGGCUCUGGAACACAUGAGUAAAGAGCACGGAAAGGAAGGAGGCACAAUAAUCAAUGUAUCUUCUAUGGCAGCCUUUUUCCACUCGCCUCACCAGCCCGUCUACACUGCCACGAAACAUGGCGUGAUUGGCUUCACAAGGGUUAUGGCUGACGCAUCGUCCCAGAGCGACUACGGCGUCCGCAUCAACGUGCUGUGUCCGGCCUUCGUCGACACCCCUAUGCUGCACUCCGUUGAACAAGAGGAAUACAUGGGGAAAUUUGUCAAGUUCAAGGACGAUUUCAAACUCAGCAUGAACAAGUUUGGAGUUUUACAGCCGUCAUUCAUAGCUGAAGGCAUGAUGAGGCUGAUCUCCGACACCAGUCUAAACGGUGCAGUCAUGAAGAUCACAUGCGCCAAAGGAAUCCACUUUCACACCUACGAACCCCCGUCUGUUUGAGUACCGGCUAACGGACUCCACCCUGCACCGGAGAGCCGUAGCGAGCACAAUUGUCAGCAUUUUGGACAAUAAGCAGGGGCGGUGUGAAGAGCAGAACCCCCCACCCCCAAAACCCCUGCACCCAUUAAGUUUAACAUUAAUUUAUGUAUUGUAAUGAUGUAAAUACAACACGACUCAAUUACUCUGCUGGUGAAAGGAUAAUGAUAAGACGUUCUAUUGCAGCUUAAAAUGCUAAAUAUGGACACCAAAAAACUGCCGUUUUCAGUGUUUCCAUGCAUUCAAACAUCAGAGUUGAUCACGUUGCUUCUGUAAAUCAGUGUUAUUCUUAGUCACGAUUGCUAUUUAAGAGGUGACUGGUAUGGAAAAAAAAACCCCGUGGGAUUGAUUGCAUGUAUUGUUUGUGUUUACAUAGACCCGGGGCCCCAUGGAUCAACAUUUGCCCCUUUUUCCACGGCAAAGUUGAGGUGUAUUGGGAGGGAACUGUGGGUAUUUUGGAGACACUUGGAAGGGAUCCUGGGUAAACUGUUGAAAUAAAGCAAAU